AUGGAUGUUUCCGACAACCGCCUCUUCCGGUGGUCCAAGCCGGAAUGGCUGAACAACUCGGCCGUGCGCAACGCCGGUGUCUACACAUCAGGAGCUCUGUUCUCCUUAGGCUUCUUCUUCCUGGUCGACGCGGCGGCCUUCUCACACAGUUCCCGUAACGGAUCGUUUGUGCAUGUCAAGUUCGUCGACUGGAUCCCCGGCAUCUGCUCCGCGCUCGGAAUGCUCGUCAUCAACUCGAUUGAGAAGUCCCGUCUGCAGGCGGACAGUUUCAGUUACAGUGGUAGUGGGGUGGCGUGGAAGGCGCGGUUUGUGCUCUUCCUGGGAUUUGCGCUGCUGGCUGGCGGGCUUGCAGGGAGCGUGACGGUGAUGGUGCUCAAGUACCUGAUUAAACAGUACCCGAUGCAGACGCUGUACUUUGGCAUUGCGAAUGUGAUUGCCAAUGGAUUGGUCAUGUUGAGCUCGGUUGUGCUAUGGAUCUCGCAGAACAUAGAGGAUGACUAUACGUACAACCUGGCGUUGAUGGCGUGGGAUGUCCUUGCGAGUGUUGCGUAG